CAAGGGUUUAUAUGACAUAAUUUAUCCUGUGAAACUCCUAUUGAAGAAUCCAGAUAUAUAAAUGUAAAUCCAAGCAGAUGCGCUGUGCGUAAAAGCGGUCAACCGCUCGGUGCCAUUGGGCUUUGGCGCGCGGCGCACUUGUUCGGCUCGCUUAGUUAUUUGGAAAUCAGAUUUUAAAAAUAUAUGAAAGAGGCUGAGGUGAAGCUUUUCCAACCACACCAACCUCUCGUGUGAGAUCUAAUUGUCUCUAGUCUAAGCUCAGUUAUAUGUGGGUGAAAAGCUCUUUUUUUCAAUCGACUUCACAUAAGAAAAGCAGAAAGUCGCACUUCACUGUCGCAGCUCUGUUUUGCUCUGAAACGAGACCACUGCAGUCUGUUUUCGGAAUCAGAACUGCAUGUGGAUCGUACACAAUGGACCCUCCGGACCCGUCCUGGUAUCCACUCCCUCCAGAACCCAACUCCUCUGCAGCCGCUGGCUCAUCCUUUCUCUUUCCCUCCCCUCGUCUCCUGAACGUCUCCUCCAACGUGUCCACGCAGAGUGUCCCCUUCCAGGGCAGCAGCGCCCCGGUCACCGCUAUUAUCUACUUCACUGUCUUCUUGGUGGGUCUGGCCGGCAACACACUGGCCAUUUACGUGGUGCUGCGCUACGCCAAGAUGAAGACCGUCACCAACAUCUACAUCCUGAACCUGGCGGUGGCCGAUGAACUCUACAUCAUCGGACUGCCCUUCCUCACCACGCAGAACGUGCUCUCGUACUGGCCCUUCGGCUCGUUCCUCUGUCGUGUGGUGAUGACUGCGGACUCCAUGAACCAGUUCACGUCCAUCUUCUGCCUCACGGUCAUGUCCAUGGAUCGUUAUCUGGCCGUGGUCCAUCCGAUCCGCAGCACCAAAUGGAGACACCCCCGCGUGGCCAAGGUGGUGAGCGCAGCGGUGUGGGCCGUGUCCUUCAUCGUGGUCCUGCCGGUGGUCAUCUUCUCUGAUGUGCAGGACAUGUUUAACUCCUGCAACAUGAACUGGCCGGAGCCAAAGGAUGUUUGGUCGACGGCCUUCAUUAUUUACACUGCCACAGUGGGUUUCUUUGGGCCGCUGCUCAUCAUCUGCCUCUGUUACCUGCUCAUUGUUAUUAAGGUGAAGUCGUCCGGGGCCAGGGUGGGCUUCAUUAACCGCCGGCGUUCAGAGCGAAAGGUGACGCGCAUGGUGGUGGUCAUCGUGGUGGUGUUCGUGCUCUGCUGGCUGCCGUUCUACAUCACCAACAUGGUCAACCUGGUGGUCAUCAUCCCCGAGUCCAGUGUCACUGCCGGGAUCUACUUCUUCGCUGUCGUCCUGUCCUACGCCAACUCCUGUGCGAACCCGCUGCUCUACGGCUUUCUGUCCGAUAACUUCAAGCAAAGCUUCAGAAAGGUGCUCUGUGUUAAGGGUAUGAGGUGUGCCGCCAAUGGUGUCGACGACGGUGACCCCAGCGCUCCACGCACAGAGAAAACUACGGCGCAGGACUGCAUCCUGCUCUCCCCUCGUAACGAGGUCUAUCACGACGCACAGAGCAGCCAGAUCUCACCCCACCCCACUGACAGUUUUAGCCCCCACUCAGCUGCCGACCUGAACCGCUCCACUCCAAAGUACCAGCUUUCCUCCUCGUUCCCGGGAACAGCCGCUACUGCGGCCGGAAACUCCUUCAUCACUUCUGAGGCACCCGACCCUCCCACUACCACGGCCCUGACCACCGCCUCCUCCUCUGACUCCGUUGCUCCACUGGAACGACAGUGAGUGGACUGUGGGUCCCAGAGUGGGUCAGCAGAGAGGCUGGACUUGCUGUUUCAGAUAUCAAACCGAAAAGAUGUUUUUUCUUUUUCCUGCAAGCUCACUUUAAACAAACUGCCGCACUUCUUCUUCUCAUUGUGUGACAAACUGUUGAAGAGUUUUGUUUACCAAGCCCAACUCUUCAUUAAGCCUCCCUCUGACAUAAGUGCCUUUUCAUCAGCUCUCAGUAAUCAUCUCAGCUUCUAAAGGAAGGCAGAAACAUUCACACAUUUUUUUUUUUUUUUUUUUUUUUUUUGCGAGUGCUUUGUGUCAAGGACUCUUUUAGCUUGGAACCAUGUCCAUGCUUACCAGAGCCAAAUGCCUUUUACAUUCAGAAAAUAGGAUCCGUACAACGUAUUUCAUAUAACUAACACCAAUGUUUUCAUUUGUACUUUGUGGAUUUUUGUAUUUAAUGGUCACACCAAUUUCUUAUCAUUUACUACACAGUUAUGAUCAAAAUGAACAUCCUUUCAACAAGAUCAUUAAUAUCUCAUUCAGUUUGGGCAGUAAGUUAUGAAUUUAACUUUCCUUUUUCUACAAAGAAGUGAUUAUACAACAUGCAACUUCAUUAGUUCCACAAAUUACAACUUAUUGUGAGUUAUGUGUUUCAUCAUUAUGUCAUUAUAUAAUGUCUUAUCAUUAUAUUAUUCUUCCAUGAUGACAGGUGAGGCUCUGGCUCAGCUGCUUCCCCUGACCACAUGUCUCUGAUAUCAAUCACUCAUUUUCAGCUGAUUGGUUUCCUGCCACAAAGCCUUUAUGCAAAGUCCACAUGUGUCAGGAUCAUUGUCAUUUUACAGCAUCCUGCUUUGUCAAAGUUUCAACUAUUUGACCCAAAUUAUCACCUUCUGCAGAGAGGAAACAGGUAAGGAUAUAUUAAUCGUUAAGAUUCAUGCCUGUCAGUGUGGUUGUCCACAGUUGCAGUGAGUUUAUGCCAACCAAGAAGUGUCUGCUUCAAAACUAGCACCUUCAAAUUCAAAUGAUAAAGAGAAACUUUGGAAAAAUCUAGGUGAGGCUUUCAAACCUAUGAGCACAAAGUAGGUAAAAGAAUAGAAAGUGAUCCCAAACCCAGAUAAAAACAGGCAAACAUUCACCUCAUCCCCAAAUCAUGUACCCUGUCCUGACAAAGAAUCAACCAGCUGAAAUGACAGUUUCUUUCCAGGAGAAUCAACCAAUUGGCAUUAUCUUUCUCUCUUCUAAUUAAAACAUGGGCCCAAUAUUGAGCCAGAAUUAGACCAGAAGUUGCUGAUGGUAGGCUGGCCAUUUUACUUCUGGCAUUCACUUGGAUUCCCUGUGGUAGAUUUUUCUCAGUGAACAGAAGAAGUUGUGAAUGAUAUUUUUCUGCGCUGUUUUGGAAUCGUAGUCUGCCGGUAGUUUUAGGAAUGGCAGCGGAGGAAGUGAACCAAAUCGUCCAGUUAGUUUUGAUCACAUCUCCAAGUGUUGAAUGGAUGUUACCAGCCGCCCCGUUCAGCUUGGCACUUCUCUUUUCACAGUACAGGAUGGUUGCAGCAAUUUCUGGUAAGCUUCAUAGCGUCAAACUUCGGCAUUACAGCCAUCUUGGUCAAACGUUAAUAGCUUGUUAAAAUUUAAAACAUCAACACAAUCCAUGAAUCCAGGAAGUUUCUCAAUAACCAAGAACCCGGAUCCCCUGUACAAAGUUAAUAGCGUAGGACAAGGAGCUGGUUUUUACCAGCAUGUGUGGGUGGUAAGUAAAAUUUGCUUUCCUGCAAAACACUAACCAAAUUGUUGGAUGACUACUGAAAGACCACACAACAUCUUAUGCCUGACUGGGGAAUAUAGGCCACAGGAUUUUUCAGACUAGCUGAAGCCAAUUGAAAAAAGUCCUAUAGAAACAAAAGUUCACAUUUGUUUUGGUGUUUCGCCUCCUUCAAGUUGUCUUCUGACACCUCUCUCUGUCCUGCAGGACUUUUGCUUUGGCUGCUGACAACACCUUUGCAGAUGGUCAGUAAUCUAUUCACACUCUCUAUUUCAACUCCAAAAUUCAAUGGUGUAAGAGCGUGACCUCUGCUGAGACGCCAUCAUUUUGUGUAAAAAUGGAUUUCUGGGUUGGUUGAGUUAAAGACUGAGCUGAAGUCUCAGGGUUGUUAAAAUUCACAAUACAUUCAAAAAAACAAGCACUAUUGUAUGUUGUAUAAUCUUUGCUUCCCUGUAAAAGAACAGCUCAAAUUAUUAACAAAAAAACCCUAAUUAAUAUAAUGCUGUCACCCAUGAGGACAUGGUGAUUCUGAUGGAUCAGCAUCUGUAUAUCUUGUGAAGUCUAAUACUGCAUAUUAUGUGUGAUUUUUAAACUAGGCUUGUUGCUGUUUCCUACAGUGAAUGUAAACGGUUGGCAGCUCAGAAAAAACUCAGCCAGCAUGGAACAAAAAAACCUCUGACCUCUUUGUGCUUUCACUCUGUUUGUUUUGUGUGUGCGUGUGCUCAACUUUAUUUGUGUCUCUUACAUGGAUUUGUUUUUUGAAAAGAUGAUUUUUUUUCAAAUCCACAAUUUCCGUGAGCUCAUUGCUUCCUGGGUUAUUGUGGGCUUCAGCUUUGACUCAUUCCAGGCUGAACACCAGAUGAGGUAUUGAGAUCUUGGGCUAAAUCCCUUUGCAUUUAUAUUUCCACUUGAGCUUUUAGAAACGAUUAUUGUGGAGAUGUAACUGGGACACUCUGAAAAGGACAAUUAGUGCUAUAAUCACAGUUCAAAUGACUUUUAAACUCAUUCGUUGUGCAUUUGAAGCCCAACGAUUUUCAAACUAAAUUUCUGUGAAUAAAAAUUCAAAAAGAAAAAAAAAAUUCUAGUGCUAACUUGUGCUGGCAGUAUUGUUGUAUUGUUAUUUGUAUGUUUUGUCUCUUCUUGUACUCAUAUCCAACAAUCAUCCAUUGUGUAAAUAUAUUAAGUCAAUUUAGGACAUCAUAUAAUGAAGGCAGAGACUUUUAUUGAAAAAGCACGUUAGUGCAUAAUGUGAGAGUAGAGCUUUUCCUGACGGAUGGUUGUGCCUUCUAUGCUUUGGAAAAAGUAAUUUUUUCCUCAGUGCAAAGAAGCCGAUUGGUUGAACAUGAUCAAGUGGAGCCAACAAUUCAGAGAAAAUUAACCAAGGUUGUUAAUCAUAAAGGCUUUUACGCACAAAUUUCUUGAGUACCUGAUAGUCAUUGUUGUGAAGAUGUGCUUUGGAUGUCCUUGAAAUAAAAUGUUUUCAAAAAUC